AUGCGUGUCAAGCAAAGGGUAAAUGAUGCCUGUAUCAAAAAAAGAUAUGAUGCCUGUAUCAUGGAAAGGGUAAAUAAUACCUGUAUCAAGCAAAGGGUAAAUGAUGCCUGUAUCAAGCAAAGGGUAAAUGAUGCCUGUGUCAAGCAAAAGGUAAAUGAUACCUGUGUCAAGAAAAUGGUAAAUAAUGCCUGUAUCAAGCAAACGGUAAAUAAUGCCUGUAUCAAGCAAAGGGUAAAUAAUGCCUGUAUCAAGAAAAGGGUAAAUGAUGCCUGUAUCAAGCAAAGGGUAAAUGAUGCCUGUGUCAAGCAAAAGGUAAAUAAUGCCUGUAUCAAGAAAAGGGUAAAUGAUGCCUGUAUCAAACAAAGGGUAAAUGAUGCCUGUGUCAAGCAAAGGGUAAAUGAUGCCUGUAUCAAGCAAAGGGUAAAUGAUGCCUGUAUCAAGCAAUGGGUAAAUGAUGCCUCUAUCAAGAAAAGGGUAAAUAAUGCCUGUGUCAAGCAAACGGUAAAUAAUGCCUGUAUCAAGCAAAGGGUAAAUAAUGCCUGUAUCAAGAAAAGGGUAAAUGAUGCCUGUAUCAAGCAAAGGGUAAAUGAUGCCUGUGUCAAGCAAAAGGUAAAUAAUGCCUGUAUCAAGCAAAGGGUAAAUAAUGCCUGUAUCAAGAAAAGGGUAAAUGAUGCCUGUAUCAAACAAAGGGUAAAUGAUGCCUGUGUCAAGCAAAGGGUAAAUGAUGCCUGUAUCAAGCAAAGGGUAAAUGAUGCCUGUAUCAAGAAAAGGGUAAAUGAUGCCUGUAUCAAGCAAAGGGUAAAUGAUGCCUGUGUCAAGCAAAAGGUAAAUAAUGCCUGUAUGAAGCAAAGGGUAAAUAAUGCCUGUAUCAAGCAAAGGGUAAAUAAUGCCUGUAUGAAGCAAAGGGUAAAUAAUGCCUGUAUCAAGCAAAGGGUAAAUAAUGCCUGCAUCAAGCAAAGGGUAAAUGAUGCCUGUAUCAAACAAAGGGUAAAUGAUGCCUGUAUCAAGCAAAGGGUAAAUGAUGCCUGCGUCAAGCAAAGGGUAAAUGAUGCCUGUAUCAAGCAAAGGGUAAAUGAUGCCUGUAUCAAGCAAUGGGUAAAUGAUGCCUGUAUCAAGCAAAGGGUAAAUGAUGCCUGUAUCAAGCAAUGGGUAAAUGAUGCCUGUAUCAAGCAAAGGGUAAAUAAUGCCUGUAUCAAGCAAAGGGUAUAA